AUGGCGACUCCUCGCGAUCAACCACCGGCCACGGUGGACGACUCGGACGAAACAAAGGCAGUUUCAAUAGAACAGGAGCGGAGGGCCAGCCUCGUGCAAGAACUCGCCAGAACCUACACCAAUCAGAGCCGAGCAUCUGCCCCCGGCGGCGCUGCCAGCGAGCACAAUGACCACGUCUUCGAUGCGCAGUCCGACCCUGACUCCCCGCUGAACCCAAACAGCCCCAAAUUCGAUGCGCGGGCUUGGGCCAAGUCUCUUGUCGCCCUGACAGAGUCCGAAGGCACCUCGUUUACUUCGAGCGGUGUUUGUUUCCAAAACUUGAACGUGUUUGGAUACGGCACCACAACAGACUAUCAGAAGGACGUGGGGAAUGUGUGGCUGGAGGGAAUUGGCCUUGCGCGAAAGGCUCUCGGCCAUGACAAGAGUCGCAUCGACAUCCUGCGAGACUUUGACGGAGUCGUUCGCAGCGGGGAGAUGCUUGUGGUCUUGGGACCGCCAGGCUCCGGCUGCACGACCUUUCUCAAGACCAUCGCGGGGGAGACCAACGGCAUAUACUUGAACGAUGAUGCAUACCUAAACUACCGAGGAAUAUCCUCAAAGGAAAUGCAUACCAACCACCGUGGAGAGGCUAUCUAUACGGCUGAAGUCGACGUUCACUUCCCGAUGUUGACGGUCGAUGAAACGCUUACCUUUGCCGCCCAAGCCCGCGUGCCACGACACUUGCCCGCAGGCGUAACCAAACCCAUGUAUGCCAACCAUCUCAAGGAUGUUGUCAUGGCUAUGUUUGGUAUCAGCCAUACCAAGAACACCCGGGUCGGAAACGAGUACAUUCGCGGUGUCUCUGGAGGAGAGAGGAAACGAGUCACCAUCUCAGAAGCAUCUCUUUCUCUGGCUCCCGUUCAAUGCUGGGACAAUUCAACCAGAGGUUUGGAUAGCGCCAACGCAAUCGAGUUCUGCAAGACCCUUCGUCUUCAAGCAGAGAUCUUCAAUACGACGUGCGCUGUUUCCAUCUAUCAGUCCCCGCAGAGCGCUUAUGAUCUCUUCGAUAAGGUCACCCUGAUUUACGAGGGCCGUCAGAUCUUCUUUGGCCGAGCUGAUGCCGCGAAACAAUAUUUCGUCAACUUGGGUUUUGAGUGCCCGCCCCGGCAAACCACUCCCGACUUCUUAACCUCUAUCACGAGCCCACAGGAACGUAUUGUGCGUCCUGGCUGGGAAGGAAAGUCACCCAGGACGCCAGACGAGUUCGCAGCUGCUUGGAAGAACAGCCAAGAGUACAGAGAGCUCCAGAAGGACAUUGAAAACUACAAGUCUGCGCAUCCAGUCGAUGGUCCUGACGCAACUACCUUCCGAGCCAAAAGAGAGGCCCAGCAGGCUCGUGGACAGCGACCCAAGUCCCCGUACACCAUGUCUUACGUCCAGCAGGUUCUUCUUUGUCUUUGGCGCGCAUAUCGUCGCCUGAUAGGGAGCCCUGACAUCACGAUUGGCCAGCUCGUGGGAAACAUUGCGAUGGCAUUCAUUAUUUCAUCCGUGUUUUACAACCUUCCGAUGACGACUGGAAGCUUCUACCAACGAUGCGCGCUGCUCUUCUUUGCUGUUUUGAUGAACGCGUUUAGUUCGGCUUUGGAGAUUUUGACCCUUUAUGCUCAGCGUGGCAUUGUUGAGAAGCACGAUCGCUAUGCUUUCUAUCACCCGUCUGCCGAGGCGUUCGCCUCAAUGCUCAUGGACAUGCCGUAUAAGAUCAGUAAUAGUAUCAUGUUCAAUCUCAUUCUAUACUUCAUGACAAAUCUGCGGCGCGAGCCUGGAGCAUUCUUCUUCUUCCUGUUCACGUCCUUUUUAACUGUCCUGGUCAUGUCUGGUAUUUUCCGAUCGCUUGCGUCUGCGUCCCGAACCAUGUCGCAGGCCAUGGUGCCGGCAGCUAUUUUGAUCCUGGCUCUGGUCAUGUUCACCGGUUUCGUGAUCCCCAUCGACUAUAUGCUUGGGUGGUGUAGAUGGAUCAAUUACAUAGACCCGGUGGCCUAUGCAUUUGAGUCCCUUAUGAUCAAUGAGUUUUCCGGCCGCAGGUACCUCUGCACCUCGUUCAUUCCAAACUCCGAGGUCCCUGGAUACCGUGACAUACCUGAUGCAAACCGAGUUUGCUCAGCGGUAGGAUCCAUCUCUGGAGAGCCGUAUGUCCGAGGAGAAGACUAUAUCACGAAGAGUUUUCGGUACCUCCCAAAGAACAAGUGGCGUAACAUCGGCAUUCUUAUCGGGUUUAUAAUCUUUUUCAACGGAAUCUACAUCGUCUUGACAGAGCUCGUUACAGCGAAGAAGUCCAAAGGAGAAAUUCUCGUAUUCCGUCGGGGCUACAGACCUGCUCAAUUCAAGGAAUCCAAGGGCGAUGUGGAGGCUACUGGAGGUGCACCUACACCGGCCGUACCUGUGAAUGCUUCGGUUACGGAAAAGGGCUCUGGAAGUGAGACGCAGAAGUUAAAGCAUGCGAAUGUGUUCCACUGGAAGGAUGUCUGUUACGAUGUCAAGAUUAAAUCGGAGACAAGGCGGAUUCUGGAUCACAUCGACGGCUGGGUUAAACCUGGUACGCUGACGGCCUUGAUGGGCGUUUCUGGCGCUGGAAAGACCACUCUCCUAGAUUGCUUGGCAGAUAGAACAUCAAUGGGCGUGAUCUACGGCGAAAUCUUUGUGAACGGCCAGGUCCGCGGCAAAUCGUUCCAGAGAAACAUUGGGUACGUUCAGCAGCAGGACUUGCAUCUGAGUACGACUACGGUUCGGGAGGCCCUCAACUUCAGCGCGCUCCUUCGACAGCCCGCGUCUGUCCCGCGACGUGAGAAGCUCGCCUAUGUUGAUGAGGUCAUCCGUCUACUGGACAUGCAGGAGUAUUCUGAAGCAGUUAUUGGCGUGCUUGGAGAAGGUCUUAACGUGGAACAGCGGAAGCGACUUACUAUUGGCGUCGAGCUGGCAGCAAAGCCUCCCCUUCUUCUGUUCGUCGAUGAACCGACGUCCGGUCUUGACAGUCAAACCUCCUGGGCUAUCCUGGAUUUGCUUGAAAAGCUCGCUAAAAGCGGUCAAGCUAUUCUCUGUACUAUUCAUCAGCCAUCUGCGAUGCUCUUCCAGAGAUUUGACCGCUUGCUGUUCUUAGCCUCUGGUGGCAAGACUGUUUAUUUUGGCGAUAUAGGCGAAAACUCUCACGUUUUGACCUCGUACUUUGAACGGAACGGGGCUUCUCCUUGUCCCCAUGACGCCAAUCCAGCCGAAUGGAUGCUGGAGUCGAUUGGCGCGGCUCCCGGAUCACAUUCUGAUGUCAACUGGUUUCAGACCUGGAAGGAUAGCCCCGAAUACGAAGCAGUCCAGACCGAGUUGCAGCGCCUCAAAGAAAAGCCAGUAGACCUACAAGGACAAGCUUCCGACUUGGCCGAUCACCACGAGUUCGCUGUCCCAUUUUACCAACAGCUCUUCGAGGUCUGCCACCGUGUAUUCCAGCAGUACUGGCGAACACCGUCAUACAUUUAUUCCAAGAUUGCCCUCUGCGUCGGUAUCUCGCUGUUUAUCGGAUUUUGUUUCUACAACGCACCAAACACAAUCCAAGGAUUGCAAAACCAAACUUUUGCAGUAUUCAAUCUAUUGACGGUUUUCGGCCAGCUGGUUCAACAGACAAUGCCCUAUUUCGUGGUCCAGCGUGACUUGUACGAGGUCCGAGAACGGCCUUCUAAGGUCUACUCCUGGCAAGUGUUUAUCUGGUCUCAGAUCAUCGUUGAAAUCCCCUGGAACUCGCUCAUGGCCUUAUUUAUGUUUGUAUGCUUCUACUACCCAAUCGGGCUGGAUCGAAACGCCCAGCUCAACAACGAGGUUGUCGAACGUGGAGGCCUCAUGUUCCUCCUGCUUUGGGGUUUCAUGAUGUUCACUUCGACCUUCACCGACUUCAUCAUUGCCGGCUUUGAGACAGCAGAGGCCGGCGGAAACAUUGCCAACGUGCUGUUCAUGUUGUGUCUGAUGUUCUGUGGUAUCCUGGCCAGCCCAGACUCCAUGCCUGGGUUCUGGAUCUUCCUUUAUCGGGUAUCACCCUUCACCUACAUGACGUCCUCCAUGAUUGCUACCGCCGUGGCAAACUCAAAGGUGGAAUGCGCAUCGGUCGAAUUCAUGCAGUUCGCUCCCCCUUCUGGCACGACGUGUGGGCAGUUCAUGGGGCCGUAUAUUCAGCAGGUUGGGGGAUACCUUCGGGAUGAGAAUGCGACCGACAUGUGCUCGUUCUGCACCAUUAGCGACACCAAUGUCUAUCUCGCUCAGUCCAAGGUGUUUUAUAGUGAAAGAUGGAGGAAUUUCGGAAUCUUCAUGGUGUACUCAGUCUUUAAUCUGGGCGGUGCUCUCUUUGUCUACUGGCUUGCGCGCGUGCCGAAGAAGUUUGGCAAGAAGAAGACGGAGUAG